CUUCCGGCGCGUGCGUGACGUAAGAGAAGGACGCCACACUUGAAGAAGGGGCGGGAGGCAGCGGCCUGGUCACUGUCAUGGAGUCAGCGCAGCUAGCGCGGGAACUGGGUUGCUGGGAGGCGGAAGAGAUGGAGGUGCCCGUGGCGGCCCGGGUCCCGGAGUCGACGCUGCGCAGGCUGUGUCUGGGCCAGGGGGCCGACAUCUGGGCCUACGUUUUGCGGCACGUGCGCAGCCAGAGGAACGUCAGGAAGAUCCGGGGAAACCUGCUCUGGUGUGGCCACCAGGACAGUCCAGAGGCCCGCCGGAAGCUGGAGUUGGAAGCCGCUGUUGCCCGCCUGCGGGCAGAGUUCCUGGAGUUAGACCAGAGCCUGGAGCUGAUGGAGCAAGAGACUGAGGCUCAGGAUAUAGCCAUGGAACAGAACCUACAGAGCAUGCAAGACACCCAGCGCCGUGCUCUCCUCCUCCGGGCUCAAGCUGGGGCCUUGCGAAGACAGCAGCGUGGGCUCCAGGAUCCCAUGCAGCGACUGCAGAAUCAGCUCAAGCGCUUGCAGGACAUAGAAAGGAAGGCCAAAGUGGAUAUAAACUUUGGACCCUUGGUAUCAGCAGCCCUGGGCCUGGAACCUGCAGUCCUGCACGAUGUCCGAACAGCCUGCAGCCUCCGGACCCAGUUCCUGCAGAGCCUCCUGAGUCCUCAGGCUCAGGGAGGCGGCGUUCCAACCCUGCAAGAUGACCACUUUGGAACUUCCUACCAGCAGUGGCUUAGCUCAAUGGAGAGCCUGCUGACAAACCACCCACCAGGCCACGUCCUCGCUGCCUUGCAGCAUCUGGCUGCAGAACGGGAGGCAGAGAUCCAGUCCCUGUGCAGUGCUGAUGGGCUCCAGGAUACGGAGAGAACCAGGUCCCAGGCAUCAGACCAGUCAAACUCCAGCCAGACCCUGCCAUCCAUGGUGCAUCUCAUCCAGGAGGGCUGGCGGUCUGUGGGUGAGCUGGUCACCCAGCGGGACCCCCUCCUGAAGGAGCAUCAAGUCCUGACCCUGCGCCUCCAGGGCCUGAUGGAGAAGGUGGAUAGAUGUAUCCUGGGAUCCAGCGAGAGGCAGACUUUGGUGCUGGGGCUCCGGGUCUGUGCCCUCUGGGCAGAACUCAAGGCCCUUCAAGCCCUGAGCCAGGAGCUGGAGGAGGCCACUGGGCGUCGGCAGAUUCUGCUCCAGGAGCUACAGGCCAAACAGCAACGGAUCCUGCGCUGGCGCCAGCUAGUGGAGGAGACACAGGAGCAGAUCCGCCUACUCAUCAAGGGCAACUCAGCCAUCAAGACACGCCUGUGCCGGAGCCCCGGGGAGGUGCUAGCUUUGGUUCAGCGAAAAGUGGUCCCCAUGUCUGAGGCGGUGGCUCCACAGAGCCAGGAGUUGGUGCGGUGUCUGGAGCAGGAAGCCCAGCACCUGCCCCAUCUUCCUCUGGGCCCCUUGCUGCAGCACGGCCCCGGAGGAUUGCAGCCCCUCCCUGCAGUCCUGCCAUCCAUCCACCAGCUGCAUCCUGCAUCCCCAAGGGGCUCCAGCCUCAUAGCGCUGAGCCACACACUGGGGCUGCCUGCAGGGAAGGCUCCGGAGCUGCUCCUCCCGAAGGCUGCCUCUCUUCGGCAGGACCUUCUGUUCCUCCAGGACCAACAAAGUCUCCGACGCUGGUAUCUGCUCCACAUGAAGACCAGCCUGCCGCCAGGACCAUCCACCCAGGAGCUGCUGCAGAUCCAGGAAUCCCAGGAAAAGGAGCAGAAGGAGAGCCUGGGACAGGCUCUGAAGCGGCUGGAGAACCUGCUGAAACAAGCGCUGAAGCGAGUCCCCGAGCUCCAGGGAGUUGUGGGAGACUGGUGGGAGCAGCCAGGACAAGCCGCCCUCUCCAGGGACCUCUGCCAAGGCCUGUCGCUGGCCCAGUGGCAGCUGCGCUGGGUCCAGGCCCAAGGUGCCCUGCAGCAGUUGCGCAGAUGAAGAAGUAGCUCAGAAAGAAGGCAGGAGCUUCGCACUUGUUCAUCCCAACACGUCACUUCCCUUAAGACCUCUGGAAAAAAGCAUUGCCGGGACACAUCAGUCCAUGGUCUCCACCACACCUGCCGCCCGCGUCCCCGGCUGUUCUCGGUGCUCUCAGUGGCCUUGCCCCGUCCUGUCAUUGCUCUAAAGCCAAGAUGAACACGAUACUAUGGGCCCCACCCUAGCUGAAACUCUCCUCAUCACUUUUACCCUCAGUAGGAAGUAAUCAAGUGCCUGCUGUAAACACUGAGGAUCCAGCACUGAAAAAAAUGGACAGAAGUCCCAGCCUGCAGGGAGUUGUCGUUCUAGGAUAGGAGGACAGACCACUGACAAAAUAAGUAAGCAGAAUAUCUAGUACGUGGAAGAACCGCUAUGAGAAAAAGCGAUUGCAGAGGUGCAGUGUUACAUAGAGGGCUAACAGCAAGGUGACACUGUAAAGGCGGUGGGAAGGAAGCACCCAGGGAUGUGGGGAGGGCCUCAGCGGGGAGACUGCAGCGUGCGCAGAGGCCCUAGCUCACAGGCGUUGGUGUGAGGGCCACGGAGGCAGUGUCGCUGUUGGAAGAAGGGAAGGUGUGAGAGAUGGGAUUGUCUUUGAGUUUUUAUAGUUUUUUGGUUUGUUUUUUUUUUACAUUUAAAUCUUUGAGCCAUUUGGAGUUGAUCCAAAUGGAUUCCAUUCUGUCUUAUUGUAAGCACUUACUAAAAUUCUCAUUCAGAGCAGUGGUCACCUCUAAGGGAGGGUUAGAUGGCAAGGAGGAGACAAACUUUCUAGAGUUAAAAAUAUAUUGUGUGUUGAAGGUGGUGAGGGUUACACAGGUGUAUGGAUUUGUCAGAACUAGUCUGGCUGUACUCGUUAGGUCUGUGUAUUUCACUGUGAACUAUCUUCAAUUUGUAAAGUAAAAUUUUACCCACCUAAACUUUAUAAAGUAGACUUAGAUAUUCUUCAUACACUAAA